AUGGCGGAGCCGGAGCCCGCGGUGCAGAUCCGGGUAGCCGAAGCGGAGGACGAGGAGCCGCGGUGGGCGAGCCCGCCGGGCGGCGGCAGCUGCAGCGAAGACGACUACGGGCGGGGCAGCGGCGGCUUUGGAGGGGACAAAUCCAGCGAGAAUGACGGGGAUGAUUCAUCCCCUGCUUGGAAGCCCCCCGAGCGCGACCUGAUCCUGAAGCUGGUGGCUCAGGUAGAAUAUUAUUUCUCCGACGGCAACCUGGAAAAAGACGCUUUUCUCCUGAAGCACAUCCGGCGGAACAAGAUGGGGUACAUCAGUGUGAAGUUGCUCACCUCGUUCAAAAAGAUCAAACAGCUGACCCGGGAUUGGAGAACCACAGCUUACGCUCUGAAAUAUUCCGACCUUCUGGAAAUGAAUGAAGAUGGACGCAAAGUCCGCCGAAGCACGCCGGUUCCCGUCUUCCCGAGCGAAAACCUCCCCAGUCGAAUGCUUCUGGUCUACGACAUCUCCCCAGCUCAAGACCGGCACCCUCCGGAUGACGGACAGGAGAACGGGGAAGUCCGGGAGAAGGUCAUGGAGCAUCUCCUCAGGGCCUUCGUCCAGUUCGGAGCCAUCUUGUCCGUCCGGAUUCUCAAACCCGGGAGGGACCUUCCGGCGGACGUCAAGAAGUUCAGCGGCCGCUACAGCCCGGUGGGGACCCAAGAAUGCGCCAUCGUCGAGUUCGAAGAGGUCGACGCCGCCGUCAAAGCCCACGAGUCGUUCUGCGUCGCGGAGAAAGCCGCCAUGAAAGUCAUCCUCAUCGGGACGAAGCCGCCAAAGAAGAAAGUCGCCAAGGAGAAGAACGCGGAGAAAAACUCCGCCAAGGAUCCGGGCAAGAACCGUUCGAUGAACAGGAGAGUGGAGGAGCUUCAAGACGUGGGCGAAGACUUGUCGGCCAACAGCUCCUCGGAUCCAGACAGCGACCCGGCCUCUCCCCGGCCGAGAAGAAGCAGCUCCUCCAACAGGCUGAGCCCUUCGGCCUACCCCAACCACCACCUGAGCCCCAACGUCUCCCCGAGGUCAAGUCCCUGGAACAGCCCUUCCUCCCUGCGCAAAACCUCCCGGAUGUCCCCGCUGGCGGAGGACGCCAGAGCCCUUCUCGGCACCAGCCCCGAGGCGUCCAAAUGGCCGGCUGAUUACUCUUCGGACAGCAGCAUCACUCCUUCCAGCAGCCCCUGGGUCCAACGCCGGCGGCAAGCUCGGACUCUGGCCCAGGAGAAGGCCCCCGCGGGCAGACCAGAGCCCAGCGUCAAAAUAGCCGCCCCUGCUGGACUGCCCGUCGGGGUCCUGCGUUUGCCCAGGGGCCCGGAUGGAACGAAGGGCUUCCAUAACAGCCACGAAAGGAGCAACGUGGCCAAGAAUGUAUAAACUCUUGUUUUGGAGUGGGGUUUGCAGGGAGGAGGAGGAGGAAGAGAAGGAGAGGGGGGAGAGGAAGAAGGAAGAGGAUGCAGACUAUGGGGUCCUUGGUGCUCUCCGAAAUUUGGUUGCUGGGGGUAGCCCUGGUGGUGUUACCUAGUUGGGUUAUGAGA